GGGCGUGGCGAAGGUGGCGGCGUGCGUUUGCCUUAAGUGACACAAUUACAACAACUUUGAGCCGAGGGUUGGGGAAGUUUGCGAUAAUAUUAAAAAAAGACUCAAUGGUAAAGCCUAACAUAAUAUCAACUCCAUGCACACAUUGGCACGUUGGAAUGCAUGCGGUGGUUUGAUGAGGAUGAGGGUGGAAGGUAACUUGAAGGGAGCUUUUCCUUGAGGAUUUGGCAAGAAUAACGCUACGCCCCGUUUCGCCCUGGAGAAGUGUGCAGCCGUGUGCUUUUUACAUUUCACUGGAGUCGCUUGGUUCACUUGAUCUUGCCAUGAAAUCGUGCGGGGUUUCGCUGCCCGCGGCCGCCUCUGCUGCUGCUCAGAGCCUCACUGCGAAUGACGAGCAGAAAAUGGCGUCGGGAAAAGCAACUGAAAUCGAAGAGGACUUUCCAAAGCUAACGGCGCAGGAGGAAGACACUCUGGCAGGAAUUGACAGCUCACUGUUUGGAUUUCACAGGCUUCAAGAAGAUGGCGCCAGAACGAAGGCCUUGUUGUUAAAGGCUGUAAGCUGCUACGACGCCAUUAUCCUGAAAGCUGAGGGGAAAGUGGAACCCGAAAUGUUCUGUCAGUUGGGUCAUUUCAAUCUCUUGCUGGAGGAUUACCCAAAAGCAUUAUCUGCAUACCAGAGGUACUACAGUUUACAGCCAGACUACUGGAAGAAUGCUGCCUUUUUGUACGGCUUGGGGAUGGUCUACUUCCAUUACAGUGCAUUUCAGUGGUCAAUCAAGGCUUUCCAGGAGGUGCUUUACAUCGAUCCCACCUUCUCCAAAGCGAAAGAGAUCCAUCUGAGGCUGGGGGUCAUGUUUAAAGUCAACACAGACUACGAGUCCAGCUUAAAGCACUUUCAACUGGCUUUGAUUGACUCCACUCUUUGCACUUUGUCCAAAGCCGAAAUUCAGUUCCACAUCGCUCAUUUGUAUGAAAUUCAGAAGAAAUACAGAGCUGCAAAGGAAGCGUAUGAGCGGCUCCUGCAGACCGAAGAUCUCCCUGCUCAGGUGAAGGCCACAACACUGCAACAACUUGGCUGGAUGCAUCACACAGCAGAGCAGCUUGGAGACAAAGGCACCAAGGACAGCUAUGCCAUCCAGUGUCUGCAGAAGUCUAUAGAAGCAGACCCAGACUCGGGCCAGUCUUGGUACUUUCUUGGCAGGUGCUACUCCAGCAUUGGAAAGGUGCAGGAUGCCUUCAUCUCUUAUCGACAGUCCAUUGACAAGUCAGAGGCCAGUGCUGACACCUGGUGCUCCAUAGGGGUGCUGUACCAGCAGCAGAACCAGCCUAUGGAUGCACUGCAGGCUUACAUCUGUGCUGUUCAGUUGGACCAUAGUCACGCCGCCGCCUGGAUGGAUCUGGGGACGCUGUACGAGUCCUGCGGCCAGCCGCAUGAUGCAAUCAAGUGCUACAUCAAUGCAACACGGAGCAAAUCCUGCCUCAACAUGGCCGCCCUCACACAGCGCAUCAAACUUCUGCAGGCCCAGUUGUGUAACCUACAGCCGGGUAGUGUGCAGAACAAGAGCAAAAUGCUUCCUAGUAUUGAAGAGGCAUGGAGCCUUCCCAUCCCCGCUGAGCUCACGUCCCGACAGGGAGCCCUGAACACGGCACAGACACAGCAGCCUUGUAAGACGAAUGUAGACCAGUCUGCGAGCAAUCACACAGACUCACAGAUCAGUCCUGCCAAGAGGAAACGCACUGCCAGCCCAGUCAAGGGAGCAGAGCCAUUAACGAACGGCUCAAAUCAACAACCAAUCCCCAACUGGUACCUAACACCUCAGAAACUUCAGCUCUUGGACCAUUUGCGGACAAACCGAGCGACUCUCAAGCCUCCUCAGGUUCAAAUGCUGGAACAGCUGGAGAACCAGUUCUCCCUCAUGCAGCAGCAUCAGCAGCAGAUGAGGCAGCAGGCAGCAGCAGGGGGACAGCCUCGGCCAAACCUCCCCAAUGGCCCGUUGGCUGAGUCCUCGAACCAUCUUGCAGGCCUCUCUGUGAGCUCUUCCAAUCACACAGGCGUCACUGCCAACGGCUCCUGUUCCUCCAGUCCCACGUCCGCCCUGAAAGGACACCUCAGCACGGGCUCUGUGGACACAGCCCACGCAGCCGGUCUGGGAGGUGGCAGCGCGAGCAAUGGAAACGUGCCUUACACGCAGUCGAACUCUCUACCUCACAACUGUACCGCCACCAGUCACCCCAGCACCAGCACCAACACUAGCCCCAGUCAACCAGAAGAGCUGUGGAGGAGCCAGCCGCUUAACAAUAGCACUCAGGAACAACACAAAGGUCCAGGUUCACAUUCGGCAGGUCCCAAUGGAGAACCCCCUUUCUCCUCCGUGUCCUCCCCUCACACGUCUUUCUCUUCUUCUGGCGUUUUAAAUCAGGUUGGACACUCGUCUGGGCCCUGCACUGUCUCCUCCUCUGCCUCGUCUCUGUCUCCCACGUCCCCACAGAGCACGCCCAACCACUUGUCCUCCCCUCUGCACUCCUCAACUACCUCAGGGGUCCACACCAAAGACACCACGCCUCCAGGGGGCAGCGACGGGUCAGGUCCAGAAGCCACCAGCAGGCACUGCGCAGGAGCAGCCCUCAGCCCCGGCACCACCUCUGCUCCAGGACUGACCGCGAGCCUAUCGCGGCCUGACUCCCCUGUCUCCAAGGCAACAAGUUCAGACAAUCCUCAGCACUCAGCCUUGCUAAAGGGAAAAGCCAAUACUACCAGUAACGAUGGUAACAAUAACUGCAGUAACCACGAAGGACCCACCUCAGAGAAAAUCAACAACGUCCACCCGUGUGUCCUCGCCACGUCAGAGCACUCUGUGGCAUCGUCGCCGCUCUCAGCGACCGCCACCCCCUCUCCCUGCUCCGCUAGCAACCUGUCCUGCCUUAACAGCCCCUCCAGCUCCAAUCAAGGGCCCACUGUCAACGGGAAGGGGGCAGAGGACUCGCAUAGCCCGCUCAAGGUGGAGCCUUUGGGUGUUCUCCGGCACAAGAGCCCGGCUGGUCUGGCUCCCUGGUCCUCUGUCUCCAUCUACCCCAGCUCCAGUGAGGUGCUCAAAGCCUGCAGGAAUCUGGGAAAGAAUGGAUUGUCUACAAACAGCAUCGUCUUGGACAAGUGUCCUCCACCUCGGCCCCCUGGCCCUCCUUCUCCUCCACAGCCAAAGGAUAAGCUCAACCCCCCGACUCCCAGUAUUUAUCUUGAAAACAAGAGGGACGCCUUCUAUCCUCCACUACACCAGUUCUGCACUAACGCUGCCAACCCAGUCACAGUCAUUCGAGGUCUGGCUGGAGCACUCAAACUGGACCUGGGCUUGUUCUCCACAAAGACCCUUGUGGAGGCUAACCCUGACCACUUGGUGGAGGUUCGCACACAGCUGGCCCAGCCCACUGACGAGAACUGGGACCCCACCGGCAGCAGGAAAAUGUGGAGGUGUGAGAGCAGCCGCUCCCACACCACCAUCAUCAAGUACGCCCAGUAUCAGGCCUCGUCCUUCCAGGAGUCUCUGAGGGAGGAAAAUGAGAAAAAGAAAGAGAUGGAAGCAGAAUCUGGCUCAGACGGUGCAAUGCGCAGGAGGAAAGGACCUUUCAAAAAUUUAAAAUUUGGCACCAACAUAGAUCUUUCUGAUGAUAAAAAGUGGAAGCAGCAGCUUCAGGAGCUCAGUAAACUGCCGGCGUUUUCUCGUGUGGUGUCGGCGGGGAACCUGCUGAGCCACGUGGGCCACACCAUCCUGGGCAUGAACACAGUGCAGCUCUACAUGAAGGUGCCAGGGAGCCGGACGCCAGGUCACCAGGAGAACAAUAACUUCUGCUCUGUGAACAUUAACAUCGGCCCUGGAGACUGCGAGUGGUUUGCGGUGCCUGAAACGUACUGGGGAGUCAUCAAUGACUUCUGUGAAAAAAACAACAUCAACUUCCUGAUGGGUUCGUGGUGGCCUAACCUGGAGGAUCUGUACGAGGCCAGUGUUCCCGUGUACCGCUUCAUACAGCGCCCGGGGGACUUGGUUUGGCUCAACACGGGAACCAUCCACUGGGUCCAGGCCAUCGGCUGGUGCAACAACAUCGCCUGGAACGUGGGGCCUCUCACAGCUCAUCAGUACAAACUGGCCGUGGAGCGAUACGAAUGGAACAAACUGCAGAGCGUCAAGUCCAUCGUUCCCAUGAUCCACCUGUCCUGGAACUUGGCUCGGAACAUUAAAGUGUCUGAUCACAAGCUCUUUGAGAUGAUCAAGUAUUGUCUGCUGAGGACUCUGAGGCAGUGUCAGCUGCAGAGGGAGCAUCUGGAGGGAGCCGGGAAGGAGCUGGUGUGGCACGGGAGGACGAACAACGAACCGGCUCACUACUGUAGUAUCUGUGAGGUGGAAGUAUUCAACCUGCUGUUUGUCACCACUGAAAGCAACAGCAGAAAAACAUACGUGGUGCAUUGCCAGGACUGUGCCCGUAGGGGGAGCACUAACCUGGACAACUUUGUGGUGCUAGAACAAUACAAGAUGGAGGACCUCAUGCAGGUUUACGACCAGUUCACUCUUGCGAGUCCCCUGCCUUCCUCGUCUUGACCUGAUCCCUCGUCGUUCUAAGGACUUUUAGAACCGCAGUGAAUUUACUGGGAACCCCUCCAGGAACCCUUUUGUUUCUGAUAUUCAGGAAAAAUGGUGACAGUCCCCAAACUGCACUCUGUAGCUUUUCCCAAUGGCAGCUGCUGUAAGCUGUGUGUCUAUGCAACCUGCUCAGUGUGGUGUGCCUCCCCCUGGUGGAUGUAAGGGGAAUGGCAGCUCCUUGUAUUAAUAGAACUUGACUGUUCUACUUCGGGCCCAACUGGACUUCUUUGCAAAACACAACCCAUAAAACAUUUGAAAUUAUUUUGUACAUAUUAUGUUUUCAAAUUCACACAAAGACUACUGAUUUUUCCACUUUUUUUUCUUUUUUUUUGUAUGUUCACACAAGCAUUUCUCCUACGAUCUGUGAGAUUUUUAGCAUAGCUGGUCUUAAAUACGGUAAAACGGCUCACAAAUCAGUUUCAGAACACAACAGGUUUUGCUGGAGCGAGUCUCGGUGUUUGGGUUGUGUGGGGAGAGGCGGAGGCAUAGAGUGACCAGUGACACAAAAGGGUUGCACAGAUAUGAGUUCACUUUUUUUAUGUGGAUGUAAAUUUAUACUAUUUAUAAAAUGCAUAUUUAUUGGUUGAAAAUAUUUGUUGAUGGAAUGCUGUCUUUUUUUUUUUUUUUUUUAUAAGAGUACCUGCCAUAAAAUCCGAGGAAGCGUUGUGGUUUUGAACACGGCUUCUCAUAAGUUUUCUAUAUAAAUGAAACUGCAUCGAGAGCAUUGUACAGAGACCUGUUUAAAAUUUGUUUAUUGUUUGAAGGAUGUUUUACGCGUUAAUAAACCAGAACUGGCUUUA